AUGUUUUGUGAAAUUAGUAUACACAAUAACGAAGAAGUAAGCCCUUUUUCCACUGAAUUGAAUUCCUUGCAAAUAAAUCGGGCAAAUAAUAAAGAGAAAAUUAUUCCAUCUUUUUUUGUAUUGAAUAACAAAGAAUGCAGAUGUGUCAAGUUUGGUCAAUUAGUACUAUGGUAUGAUGAAAGAUUUUAUCAUAGUCCAUUCAAUCAUAAAACUUCAACAAUUCGCCAACGCAAAUUACUUAAUUAUUUAAAAAAAACACAUUUUGAAAAUAAUAUAAAUAAUGAGCAAUUACAAAGAAGGAAACAAAAGAAAUUCUUGAGAUAUGUCAAAGAUGUUAAAAGGAAUAAUUCUACUAGUAAUGAAUCAUGGGAUGGGUGGGGUAGUUGGAGUUCAUGCAGUGUAACAUGCGGAAAUGGUCGUCAAGUUCGUUGGCGUCAUUGUGCAGCAGAACAUUGCACAAAAGGAUUAAAGAAAGCACAAAUAAAAACAUGUCGUUUGAAAGAAUGUGAAUCUAAAAAUAUUCUUAAUUGGCUUGGAAUUAAAACUAAAUAAGAAAUUUAAAAAGAGGAAAUACAUAAUGAAGAUGAAAUACACAUAUUCAUAUUCAU